GGAGUAAAGAUGGCGGCGCGGGGGCCUCCGCCUUCAUUCCCUGGCUGAAGCCCUCCGAGGGAGGCGGCGGUGGCCACACAGGGCUACCAACAGUCUUGCGGUGGUACUUUUGGCAGCAGCUGCGGACGCUCGAGCCAUGGCGGAGCUGGAGCACCUGGGAGGGAAGCGAGCAGAGUCGGCACGAGCGCGGCGGGCUGAGCAGCUGCGGCGCUGGCGGGGCUCGCUGACAGAGCAGGAGCCCGCGGAGCGACAGGGCGCGGGGCGCCAGCAGCAGACCAGACGCGGGAGCCCCAGGGUCCGCUUCGAAGACGGUGCGGUCUUUCUAGCUGCCUGCUCCAGCGGGGACACGGACGAGGUGAAAAAGCUUCUGGCAAGAGGUGCGGACAUCAACACGGUCAACGUGGACGGCUUGACAGCCCUGCACCAGGCCUGUAUUGAUGAAAAUUUGGACAUGGUGAAGUUUCUGGUGGAGAACAGAGCCAAUGUAAACCAGCAAGACAACGAGGGCUGGACCCCCCUGCAUGCAGCAGCUUCCUGUGGUUAUCUCAACAUAGCAGAGUAUUUUAUUAGCCAUGGAGCCAGUGUGGGUAUUGUGAACAGUGAAGGUGAAGUUCCUUCUGACCUUGCAGAGGAGCCAGCCAUGAAAGACCUUCUUCUGGAACAAGUGAAGAAACAAGGAGUUGAUCUAGAGCAGUCAAGGAAAGAGGAAGAGCAGCAGAUGUUGCAGGAUGCCCGCCAGUGGCUCAACAGUGGGAAAAUAGAAGAUGUGAGGCAGGCUCGCUCAGGGGCCACUGCCCUGCAUGUAGCUGCUGCCAAGGGUUACUCUGAAGUCCUCAGGCUUCUCAUUCAGGCUGGCUAUGAACUCAAUGUUCAGGAUCAUGAUGGCUGGACUCCUCUUCACGCGGCUGCACACUGGGGAGUGAAAGAAGCUUGCUCCAUCCUGGCAGAAGCACUCUGUGACAUGGAUAUCCGGAACAAACUGUUUUUCACAAGUUGUCAACUUUACCCCCUUUCUCUCUAUUUUCUCAAUUUCCAGCUUCGAAGUGAAAAGGAGACACGGAAUAAGCUCAUCGAGUCAGACCUGAAUAGCAAAUUUCAGAGUGGACUCUUUAAGAACAAAGAGAAGAUGCUUUAUGAAGAAGAGAUCCCCAAGUCCCAAGAAACAGAGGAAGAAAACAAAGAAUCCAGCAGCUCUAGCUCAGAGGAGGAGGAAGGGGAAGAUGAAGUUUCUGAAUCAGAAACUGAGAAGGAGGCAGAUAAAAAGCCAGAAGCUACUAUCAACCAUUCCAACUCUGAAAGCAAGAGUCGGAUCAUGGAGCAGAUCCCAGCCCCAGCUCAGAACACCUUCUCUGCCUCUUCAGCUAGGAGAUUGUCCAGUCUUUUCAACAAGGCAGAAGAGCCUAAAGAUGAAUCUCCCUCUUCAUGGAGACUGGGACUCAGAAAAACUGGGAGCCACAAUAUGCUGAGUGAAGUGGCCAAUUCCAGGGAGGCCCUUAGGGAUCGAGGCUCCUCCAUCUACCGUUCGUCCUCAAGCCCUCGGAUCUCUGCUUUGCUGGAUGACAAAGAUAAGGAAAGAGAAAACAAAAGCUAUUUCAGUAUGCUAGUACCCCGGAGGCUCAGCAGCACAAGUGACAUUGAAGAAAAGGAGAACAGAGAGUCAGCUGCUAAUCUAGUAAGGAGUGGCUCCCACAGCAGGCAGCUGUGGAGGGAUGAAGCAAAGGGAAGUGAAACCCCACAGACAGUCACACCUUCCACUUCCACGCCAACUUACUUGAAAAGUGCUUCAUUUGGUAAAAGUAGUGACCCCACAAGUCCCUACAUUUCAGCCAAUCGCAAUUCAUCUCCUGCUACCUCACCCAUUACCAUUGGUUCAUCAACCUCUCGGGGCAGCCAGUGGCAACCUGCCUCUUACACUGCACCAGUCAGUACAAACACUACUGCACCUGUGCAGCCUGUCAGGACUCCUUACAAGUCCCAGGCUGACUCAACAGCAGAGAAAACAGCAGACAGUGUCUCCUCCAGCACCCCACUGUGUGUGAUCACCAACCGUCCUGCGCCAAGCACUGCCAAUGGGGUUCCAGCUGCCACAGUGUUCUCCUCCACUGGAACAGACCCCUCUGUGGAAGCCCGGGAGAAGAGGAGGUCCUAUCUGACACCUGUACGGGAUGAGGAGGCAGAGUCAUUACGGAAAGCACGCUCCAGACAAGCUCGGCAGACACGAAGGUCUACUCAAGGUGUUACCCUAACAGACCUCCAAGAAGCAGAAAAGACUUUCAGCCGCUCAAGGGCGGAGAGACAAGCUCAGGAGCAGCCUGGUGAGAAGCUUGAUGAUCCUGGUAGCCUUGAAGGGAGUACCAAGAAGCAGGAGCCAUCAGUAGCCCCAACAAAGGGAGCUGGUGAGGGCAGAGGUCUGGAGGAAGAGCCUGUCUAUCAUCGCCUGAGGUAUCCAACUCAACCAGACAAAACCUCCACACCAGUUUCUCCUUCUGCAUCAAGACCCUCACUGUACGCAGGUUCUCAUCUACUGCGCACAAGUAGAGCUUCAGUCCCUGAUUCUGAGAAUUCAGAGACUACCACACACGCCACAGCGGCAAAGGAAAUGGACACAAGUGAGAAAGAAGCAGCUGAUUUGGACGAUCAGUCCUCUAACAGGCUAUCUGUCCGGGAGAGGAGACGAGCUAAAGAUCGGCGAAGAGGCACGGGCAUUAACUUCUGGACAAAUGACGAAGAUGAAACAGAUGUCUCCGAAGAGGUCAAAGAAGCAUUGCAUGAAAGACUUUCUAGGCUGGAGUCAGGAGGCACCAAUCCGAUCAGCAGCGAUUCCUACAGUGACCGUGCCUCAGCUAGAGCCCGCCGGGAGGCCAGGGAGGCUCGUCUAGCCAGCCUGACCAGCCGGGUAGAAGAAGACAGCAACAGGGAUUAUAAAAAACUCUAUGAGAGUGCCCUGACCGAAAACCAAAAACUGAAAACAGAGCUUCAGGAGGCCCAGCUAGAGCUUGCCAGUGUAAGAGCCAAGCUGGAGAAGGUGGCCCAGCAGAAACAAGAGAAGACCUCUGACCGGUCGUCGGUGCUGGAGGUGGAGAAGCGGGAGAGGCGAGCACUGGAACGGAAAAUGUCGGAAAUGGAAGAAGAGAUGAAGGUGUUAACAGAACUGAAAUCCGACAAUCAGAGGCUGAAAGAUGAAAACGGCGCCCUCAUUCGAGUCAUCAGCAAACUGUCCAAAUAGCUGAGGUCAGGGCUGGAAGGAGGGCACAGAUUUCACUGCCCACCCUGUGUUUCCAGCUAUGGCCUUCUGGCCAAAAGAAGUGAAUGUUUUGGGAGGAGGGCACCUCCCUGUGGCCCUCGUCAGUCACCUCCUCUGCACUGUCCAUUGUCUCUGCACUCUCCAUGCCCCAUUGCCCCCGCACCUCUAUCCCAAGUUUUACGACAGUUUUAACUGAAGCAUGAUUGUGACCAUUUCAAGCAAUCUGGAGAAAGCCUUGUGGGGCACACCAAGCUCAGCUGUGACCUCCCAACUUUCUGCUGCUUUGUCCACAUUGGUUUUGGUCCAGAUAUGUAAGGCUUUGACCCAUAGCCUUUACACUGACCCACUGUUCUUUAUAUAGGUGAGCCUUGUGGUGGCCACUCUGGAAUCCUAUCUAGGGUGCCAAGAGAAAGGGUGGAGUGUGGAGUUGCUCUCUGGACUGCCUCUGCAGCUGCUUGCUUAGAGGCCAAGGUGAUCGUGCUCUGUGCUGAGGCUGUUAUUCACCUCUCAGGAACUGACUUGUUUUUACUUUUCUAUCAGUAACCUAGGAACAUCACUGAGUAGUCUUAACCUCAUUUCUCCCUCUCUGCAAGGCCAAGGCAGCCUUGGACUCUCUUGCUCCUUUUCCUUCUGUCCUUUUGUGAUUUCUCCUUCCACCCGAUGGUGUAAAAGCUGAAACCAAGCUCCCGACCUCAGCUGUUUGGAAUCUCGUCACUCUGCUGCCUUGGUGCCAUGACCCUGUCCCUGCGAAGCUAAAGGAUGGCUUAAGGGUCAGCCUGUUGUUCUUAUCUCCCAUUUGUCUGCUUACAAAAUGAUUUUCUGUACCCUUCAAGUUGUACAAGUAGUAUACAUCCAUAAUCCCAGCACUAGGGAAGCUGAGGCAGGAGGAUCGGGAGUUUGAGGCCAGCUGCAUAGCAAGACCCUCUCUCCAGAAAGAGGAGGCGUGGGUGUUGAAUGCUCCAGUUUGCCUUGCUCCCCUUCUCCACUCUGGCCCCUGCUCCUAAUGAGAAGUGGAGUUGCUGCAAGGAGGCCUGGGGAGAGCCAGGGCGGAAGCUAGACCAGGGGAUGGAAGCAGGCCAGAGCCGUGGAGAGCAUCUGAGGACACGGAACACUGCUUUCCACUGCCUGGGUGGUGGGAACUUGCUUGCUGGUGGUCAUAUCCUGGGGAGAGAUCCCUUCCUAGAAGCCAACAGGACCGGUGACUGCUGGGUAGAGACUGACGAUGAAGAAGAAUACUUAUGGACUCUUAGGAAUGGUAUGCGCCAUAGACCCUCUGGCCCAGUGUCCCUGUGCCUCCCUGCCACCAUAAUUCUGACCUGUGGUCAGCUGCUGGGAGCUAUGCACGUCUUUCUUGACCUUCAGGCACUUCUACUACUUUUUUUUACUAAUAGAAGCUGGGGUCUGCUGCUUCCUGCCAGGAUAGCACACUAGGUAUGGGUGUAGUGGUCUCUGCUUACCCAGUCCCUUGAGUCCCUCCUCCGAUGUUGUGAUUUUGAUGCCUGUCACAUCUUGACUACCAUCCUCUAGAGUCUAGGCUAGCAGCCCUCUGGCGUAUCAUGCCUCAGCGUAUACAGGGUACUCCGUAGUGCUAGCACACAGCUGACCUGCUAGCUCUUGACGAUGAUCCAGUGCUGAUGGGUUUCAUGUGGAUUUUGUAGGCAUUUUGUCCUUUGGUUCACAUUAAAGGACACAUCCUUUAAUGCCUCAUUGUUUGAGGGUUGCUAGUGAUGUGGACCAUUCUAACACUACCUCUGUUAUCUGUUAGUUUCUUUCAUGAGGACACCACUGUCCUUUUUGGUGGCCCUUGAAAACUUCGUGUGCUCUUAAACAGAAGUUGUAAUUCAGGGUCCCUGGCACAGAGUGGGAACUGUAUCUCCUCUGACACUUUCAGCACAUGUAAGAUUCUCUUUUCCACUUCAGCCCAUUUUUCUGAGGAGUCUUGUGUUGGACUGCUCUACUCUUGUGAAGCACUGAGCCACAGUGAGAAAGACCCGUCUUCUGCUAUAGGAAGCACUCCCUUCUUGCUAGGAGACGUCGACAAGAUGCCAGCCAACCAGUUCUCCUAGCGCGGGUUGUAUUUUGGGAAAGAGGGAAUUGCUGCCUCAUUCUUGGGGAAAGAAAAUGGGCUUGUAGGAAAACAGUCUGAGCCUCCUCCUUCACAGACCUGGGGAAGGUAUUCAGGGUCAUGUGCCUUUAGGCCUUCUGAAGUGUAGGGAAGGUUCUAAAAACCUCACAAACUGGCAUUAUACCCACUGCUGUAUGUGGCCUUCGUGUUUAAGAUGCCACCUCUUGCCAGGAAGGUUUCCCUGUGAUAAGCUAUUGGCAAGUUUAUUAGUCUCGGCAGUGCUAGCCUCUGUGGCCAAGAGCCCAUCAGAGCACACACGGUCCCAAGCCAUUCCUGGCAUUUCCUUUCAGGCCACUAAUCUUAUUAGAAGCAUUGUGAAUUUGGUCUCUUCCAGAGAAGAGAACUCCCAUUUCUUCAGAAUCAUACUGACUGAAAGACCCCAUGAAAGACAUGGCCUCCUGAGGCCAGCUGUUGUGUGUGUGCAGUCUCCCUUUUCCCGUGUUGCUUGGUUGGCCCCCCCAGUGGCCACCAGCCUCACCUGCUGGCUUCUCGGAAGUAAUUUCAUAGCUGGAGUUUUACUGUCCCACUGCAGGCAGGCAGACAGGCAGGAAGGACUCAGCCUUGUCAUACCAGUCUUCAUGGGAAAUUAAGAUAGGGACAAGAAGGCUCUCAAUCAUUUGACAGCUUUCAAUACCCAAGCCCCCUUUGAGGGUAACGACUGGUCAGUCCAGAGAGCCUCUGGCAGGAGUUUGCCUGUUUGGCUUUCAGGGGUUUAGAGCCUUUCUAGACAGUUCCUGGCAGUGCCGACCCCCAGCUCCAUCCCAGUCUCUAGGGGAGGAGCUGUGCACAUUCAAGGCUGUCGCCUCUAAAGACUGAAGAAUAGCUGUCUUGGAGCUGCACCUCCUUGCGUCUGCCCCGCAGUGGGAGGUGCCCUCACCCUGUGUUCCCAGCCUCAGCCCCUGAGGUGCAAGGAUUGCUCAGUGGGGUUGCUGGCAGCUUCCAUGCAGGAAGUCCAGGAGCAGUCUGUGGGCGGCAGGAGAGUACAGGGACCAGAGUGAAGGGCCUCUACAAGCCACGCCCCUCUGCAGCCUUUGCUAGCAGAGACAGCUCUGACCAUUGCUUGCUCACCGUUUCAGCAGAGGGCCCUGUCCACAUCCAUGCCCAGGGAUAGCUGCAGCUCAGCUGCCAUUCUAUUUUGAAGAGAGGUGCAAAGCCUCCAACAAUAUAGACUCCCUUGACCCCAGAAGUGAGGCAGCUUUGAUGGCAGAAUACUUUAAAGUCCUCUUGGCUUAAAAUUCUGUGGUUGAUUCAAAGAUGAGGACUUUUUUACACUUAGAUUUCUGCUUCAAAAAUUGCUUAACUUUGAAUUUUCAAGAUCAAUCUUGCUUUUUUCCCCAAAUUCAGUCUGUUUAAGACUGGCCUGUCAGGGUCGACCUCCCCUCCGUGUUAGAAAGUGAGUUUAACAUUGAAAGCAAUUGAGUAGUGGUGUGAUUGCUUUCCCUCCUGGUUGUUAUGUAAAAAUAUUACCAAGCUGCAGAGGUGGAGAUCGGAUGCCUAGGCCUGCCCUAGCGCACAGUGUACAUCCUAGGAAACCGGCUGUGGCUGCGGCUGUGGCUGCGGCUGCUAAGUUUGCUCAGCCUCCUCUCCUAGAUGUGAUCAGCGCUGCUUCUCAGACUUUCUGCUUGGCACCAACUCAGUUCUAGUCUGAAGCUCUGCCCUGAGCAGCAGGAGAGCCUUCCUCAGGCUGCUGUGGGAGGUGCUCUUCCCAGGAGACACCGUGGCCACAGCAUAGAUGCCUACAUUUGGGGCUUGGAUGUGAGGAAAGGGACAGACCCUGGGACUGGGUGCCUGCAUGCCGUAGUUGGUAAAAGGCAGAGGAAGGUGUGUGCAUGUAGAACAGGGUGGAGGUCGGAGCCUGGGAGAAAGGAAGCCAGGCUUCUGCACCUGCAAGUGUGUUCUCUCUCAUUGAGUUCGUCCCUCAGCUCCAGCUGAGCGAGAUUUUAAUCAGCUCCUCUAAUGGGUAUUGACACUGCUCGGAGCAGUCGACUCUGUCAGGGACAACUAUUGAUUGCUUGUGUUCUGAUUAGAUUGGAAAAAUAGAUCAACUUCAUUAUAGCCCAGAAGCUGUCACUGUCACAGCUACAAAGGGAUGAAGUGGUCUCUGAGGGCUGAGGAGAAUCAGUUGGCCUUCUGACAAGCCAGAGAGUAGCUGAAGGCCAUGGCCAUGUCUCCUUGAGAGCUGUGGUUAGGGGUCACAAAUCUCCUGGGGUGCCUGGGUGCCCAGGUCUGGCAUUUCUUGACUAGAAUGGGAAUGUAGUCUGUCCAGUGUGGUCUGUCUCCUGUGCCUCAUCACCCUCCAAUGGGAAUGGAGUCUGUCCAGUGUGUCUGUCUCCUGUGCCUCAUCACUCUCCCUGUUUGCCAAAGCACUUCUCCCAUCCAGGUUGGGAAUCUGCCAGAAUGACAUUUUGUUAUUUUGCCUCUAAAUUUUCCCCUAAUGUUUCCAAUAAAAUUUGCUUGGGUGGCCCCUUAAGGUGUCACCAAGAUGCUAGCCUAGGCCCCUCCAAAAUAAGCACACACGCCCCUCCUUCCCUCUCAGCUCCCUCCACACGCCUUAGGCCUUGCUUCUCUCACUUGGACUUGACGGUGCUCAAGGGAAGAGGUUUUCCAUUAAUCAGCCAAGAGUCCUUGAGGAUUUUCAAAUGUCAACAGCAUGUCAUUCCGCCCACCACCCAUGGCUACCCCCAGCUACUUUCAAAACUCCCUGGCUGUGCUAGCAGCCCUCAAAGACCAGGUUUGGCUUAUAAGUCAGCAUGACCACUCUGUUUCAGGGUCAUGUCUGCUCAUUCUAUCUUUUCUGAAAGAUGUGACUGGUACCUGCUGAAGGCAGAAGUGUUUCCUCAGCACAGGCUGGAUGAGUUGGUUUGCAGAGUGACAGCCACUCAGCCAAGCAGGAGAGAAGAUCUACAAAAGGCCCAGCCAAGAGGAAUGAGAAGAGCCUCUGACAUGCUCUUGAACCCAGAGUGGGCAUCAGAGCUGGGAUCCUGAACAAGGACGCUCAGGCUGGCACCAGCUUGACUCUCUUCAGAGUGCAUGUGUCUGUGCUGUUCUCGACCCUGCUCUUCUAAGACCUUGAGCAGAAGUUACCCAGCCUAUCCUAGGAUGGGGGAGACUACAUGAAAGCAGUUGUGGGUAAAGGUGCCAGAAGGUGCAGGGUACGGGGAGAAGAUUCGGAGAGGAUGCACCCGUCCAACAUGGCCACCUUUCUAGUCAGCAUCCCUUGAGCCCUUGGCAGCUCAGCCCGCCUCCUGGCUGGCACCUCUCCCUCUGCAGGGCCAGUGGUUCAGACCCAGCUUUGGCUUUACGUUUUCUCCCAGGCAUGUGUCCUCUGCUCCAGUCCUGGUCACCACUUCAGCACUAGCAUUUUGUAUUUCCUCUCUCUACCCUUCACCCAUGCUUGAUGCACCGAGUGGAGCUGUUUGCCAGCCAAGCUGUGUGGAUUAACCUCAGUCAACUGUAAAUACACCUGGAGGAGGCUCCCGAGGAAGGGGAGCCAGGCUGGCUUCCCAAACUGAAUGUAUUUUUAUGCAAUUUUGAGUGGCCUUUUCAACCCUGAGAUGGAUGGAUUUGUUUUACUGGUUGUUGUUAUAUAGUAUUAAGUAUUCUGUUUGAAAGUUUGGGAAUAAUAUUCACAUCUAAAAGAUGCCUGUAAACACAGCAGUAUUUAUAAGUGAGUAAAUAAAACUGUGUUUUACCUUUGUGCCAUGAGAUUGAUAGAACCUCCCAUUCACCAGGCAGCCCAACUGCAAAGUCUCUGCCAUAGGUAGCCACAAGUCUGCGGUCACCACCUCCCCUCCCUGGGGAA